AUAUGCAAAUGAAAAAAUAUAACUUUAAACUUACUAGAUAGUCUGAAGUCAUGGUUUUUAUUUCUGAUGGCAGUGGUAGUACUGGGACACUAAUAAUAUAUUAUUAGAACAGUGUAUUAAUACCUGGAGGUUUUAGUUCUGACCAGGGCCUUUGCAUGCUAGGUAUUUACAAGAAUAUGUGUGCGUUCUUGCUGAACUUUGUAGAAUUAUACUAGGUGAAGUCAGUAAUUGAUAAUAAAAUUGUAGUCUAUGUGAGGAGAUACCAAGUGUAGGAACAGUGAAGGUGGUAGCUCUGUAAUGUACACUGUCUUCUUACUGGGACAGCAAAUAUGCACCAAAGCAGAUGAGUGUGAUACAGCUCACACUUGCCAUCUAGUCCUGCUACAUUAAUGGUAGUUUUGAUAUGUUAGUAUUUGCUGUGAUUUCAGCACUGAUUGAUGAACUUCAAGGUGAGUUGUAACUUGUACCAUAUUUUUAGUAACCUUGAUUUGGUAUCUUUCUUUAUGGUCUGUCUGUCUGUAAGACCUCCUAAACAAUUUUUUUGAACCUGCUGACCGACUUUUGCCUAUUUUGCUUUUGAUAACUCACAGUAGUUGAGUUUCUACAUGCUGUAGUGAAAAUCUCCAGCAAAUGCGAGGUCCCCAAAGUAAUGCUUUCACAGAAGACAACCUGCAGUUCUGAGUUCAGUAGUUGCCAGUUGUUGAUUGGCCAGGCACAGAACUGAAUGCAUUUACAUAGUGGCAUAAGCUACAGUACUUGCUGGUUUUUCCUCAACUAGUGUAAAAAGGCCUAAAGAUUUAAGAGCUGGAGUAUUGGGUAGAGGUUUAGGGCACAGAAGGAGGUUGGGGUGAUGAGGAGGGAUGUAACAGAGUGAAGGGAAGGCCAAAUCAGAGGAUAAAGGUGAGGUGCAGAGGUUGUGGGGUUGGGGUCUAGGAGACAUCUGUAAGAUUCAUUAGACAGUAGAUGGCAACACUAGUAGUUUCAAGUUUUUUAGAGGCAUUGCAUAACAGAAGCAAAAACAUAAUCAAGGUCUGAAUGAGAAUUUUAACUAGACCUACAGCAAAGCCUACUAAAGAUGCUCAGUUUAUGGGUCUGGAUGGUUAUCAUGAGAAUAAUACUCUCAAAUGGGAAUGGGUGAGAUGAGCUGAGGUAUCGAGCCACCGUGGAAGAAAUCGAGAACUAUGUGGUAAAAUUAGCUAUUAAUGAGAUGGACUAAAAUCUUGAUUAUUUUGUUUAGGUUAGAAACAGAAUAGUAAUGUCUUGGUUUGCAGUGGGUAGCUGAAUUUGUGCUUGAAGAUGAGGCUGCUGAGGACUGAUAUGUAGAGGAAAAAGAGAAAGGAAGCCUGUGACCUCUUCAGAGAAGUUGAGAGAGGAGAUGAGAAGAACUUGUUGACAAGAGCAAUUUUAGAAAAGGAGGGGGAGGUUCAGGGGAAGACAGGCCCAUAGAAAUCACAGGGAGAAUAGAAGUGCUUCAAGAAGAGAUGUUGUGGUGGGUUAACCUUGGCUGGCUGCCAGAUGCCCACCCAGCUGUUCUCUUACUUCCCUUCCUCAACAGGGCAGGGGGAGAAAAUAAGGUGGAAAAAAGCCCUCAUGGGUUGAAUUAAAGACCGUUCAAUGAGAAAUGCAAAAGCUGCAUGUGCAAGCAAAGGGAAAAGAGGAAUUAAUUUACUACUUCCCAUUGGCAGGCAUAUGUCCAGCCACAUCCUGAGAAGCAGGGCCUCAGCAGGUGUAAUGGUUGCUUGGGAAGACAAGCACCAUAACUACAAACAUCCCUCCUUCCUUCUCCUUUCCCUGAGCUUUUAUUGCAUGACCAUCUUAUAGUAUAGAAUAUACUUUUGGUCAGUUUGGGUCAGCUGUCCUAGCUAUGUCCCCUCCCAGCCUCUUGUGUAGGGAGAGGGAGAAAGCCUUGACACUGUACAAGCACUGUUCAGCAGAAACACUGGUGUGUUAUGAACAGUAUUUUAGCCCCAAAUGCAAUGCACAGCACACUGUAGGCUGCUACGAAGCAAGUUAACUUCGUAGCUUCAUCCCAGCCCAACCUAGUACAGACAUUUAACUAAUUUUAAAGGCAGGUGAAAGGAUAAGGAGAAUGGCUGAGAGCUGGUUCUGAGAAUCACUUGGGAGCAAGUCGUUGGAGACUUCAUUCAAAACUCUGGAGGAGGUGUUAGGGAUCAAGUGAGAUACUUUUCUAUUGGUAAUCCAAAGUGAGAAGCAGAGGUCGCUGAGCUUCAACAUUCUGUGCAGAAGUCAGAAGAGGGAGAGGAUUUGAGCAGUGAGUCAUUAGUGGAGAAAAAUAAGAGUUUAGGAUGUAAUGAAGUUUAGAGAAUUACAGGUUUUUUAGCUAAGAAUUUGGCAGAACUAAAGGAGCAGAAAAUGAAUUAGUAAUGGAGGAAGUAACUGCUCAUGGGCUGUCUGCCAGAAUGAUACUGCCGUGUGAGAACAAGAGUAAAGGAAACAGAUGUUGAGAGCAAGCCAGGGCUACAGUUGGCAGGCUGGACAUUGUGAUAGGAUAGAAAGGAAAAGCAGUAAAACAUGGAGAACAGCGAGUUACAGAGAGAAUUAACAAGGGGAAAGAAGACUGGGAUCAGAGGUCUGAGAGCAGAAGAGUGUCAUCAUUGUGGGUUGGACACCACUGCAUGAAGCCUGUAAUGUUGGUUACUACGAUGUUGCUAAAGUCCUGAUAGCAGCAGGAGCUGAUGUGAACACACAGGGCUUGGAUGAUGAUACGCCACUUCAUGAUUCUGCUAGUAGUGGUCAUAGAAAUAUUGUGAAGCUGUUGCUUCGACAUGGUGGAAAUCCAUUUCAAGCCAAUAAGCAUGGGGAGAGACCUGUUGAUGUUGCUGAAACUGAAGAGCUGGAAAUGCUAUUGAAAAGGGAGGUGCCCAUCUCUGAUGAUGAUGACAGUUGCUCAGAUUCUGAAGAAGCUCCAUCUGUAAAUCCUUCUAGCGUAGAGGCGAAUGUUGAUUCAGAAGCAGAAAAGGACUCUGUAGCCAAUGACAGCAAACAAAUGGUCCCUAGUAAGGCACCACUUCCAUCUGCUCUUGAUGAGUAUGAGUUUAAAGAUGAUGAUGAAGAGGAAAUGAAAAAAAUGGUUGAUGACAAACAUAUUCUUAGAAAAGACCCAAGGAAGGAGGAUGAGACAGAAGUUGAGAAGAACAGCUUAUUUGUGAAGCAGGAAAAAGUUGUCUUUUCAAAAUCAUUUAAAAGCAAAAAGCAGAAGCCAUCUAGAGUUCUGUAUUCAAGUUCUGAAAGUUCAGAUGAAGAAGUACUUCAGGACAAGAAUAUAGUCUCUCCUUGCUCUAUUUCAGAGACAUCAAGUUCUGAUGUAAGAGUGAAGAAAGAAUAUAUGGUUACAAAUGAACACAAGCAAAAAGGCAAAGUUAAAAGGAACGUAAAAAAUCAGAGCAAAAAUAAAGAGAAUCAGGAACUAAAGCAAGAAAAAGAAAACGCUAGAGUAACAAAUAUAGCUACUUCUGGCUUAGAUUCUUUAGAUAAAACUAGAGAGGAAGAAACCUUUAAGAAGUCUUUCACCCCAAAAGAAGAUUCUUCUUUACAUCUGUUCCAUAUCACUGCUGGCAAAUCUCCAAAGCAUCCCUGUGGAUUAAGCGAAAAGCAGUCAACACCAUUAAAGCAAGAAAACACCAAAACUUGCUUAUCACCAGGAGGUUCUGAAAUAACAUUGCAAUCAGAAUUAGUUCGGUAUGAUCACAACACUGAUUCUGAAUAUCUAGUAGAAAGUUCUAGUGGCAAGUCUUGCAAGCACAAAGAUAAAAGCAAGCAUCAUCAGAAAGAUUUUCACUUAGAAUUUGGUGAAAAAUCUAGUCCUAAAAUUAAAGAGGAAGACAAUAGCUCAACAUUGGAGAAUUCAGAGUAUACUCUGAGAAAGAUUGACAAGGAGGGUAAAACACUGAAAAAGCAUAAAUUAAGGCACAAAGAAAGAGAAAAGGAGAAGCACAAAAAAGAGCAGGAUGGAGAGAAGGAAAAACAUAAACAUAAAGAUAAUGUUAAAGAGGUUCAAAGAAGUAUUGAGUUUGACAGAGAAUUUUGGAAAGAGAACUUUUUCAAAAGUGAUGAAAAUGAAGAGACGUCGUUAAAUACAGAACAUGAAUCUCUUUCUUCAGACAAAAAAUCAAAGCUAGAAAAAGCUGUGGCAAAAGAAGAUAAGCUGGUUAAGGAGAGACAGAUCCAGAAAGAGAGAAAUGCUAGAGAGGAGAGAGAGAAAGAGAAGAACAAAAAGGAAAAUGAGAAGUUUCUCAAGGAUGAAAAACUAAAAGAUACAAAAGAAGAAAAAGAAGUUACGCUUGCAGAUAAAGAGAUGGAGUUGUUCUGCUUUGGUGUUAAAGACGUGGCAGCCAGCAUGCAUUUAAUAGAAAAAGAAACAGAUACUGAAAAGCAGGAAAAGAAUUUAAAGGAAAAUAAAGAAAAGACUGAAAAGCGAACUUUGGCCAAAGAAAAAGAUGUUGAAAAGAUAGAAAGAAAAAAUGGAGAAAAAGAGAAAAAGGUAAGACAUGAAUACAAGAUGGAGAAAGAAAAAGCAGAAGUAAAUGAAAAUACAGAAAAAGUAAAGGAGAGGCCCUGUUCCCAGCAAGGGGAAAGAUGCCCUAAGGAAAAUGAUAAGAUAAAAAGCACAGGUAGUCUUAAAAAACUUGAUGACAAAGAAAGAAAUAAAGAAAAAACUGAUAAGAAGCAUGAUAAAGAAAAGGCUGAUAAAGACAGGCAUUGGGCUGAAAGCAAAGAAAAACACUGUACUGAAAGAAAAGUCAAACAGUGUGAAAAAGAAUCUGAAUGUACUAAAUCAGAAAAAAACAGAACUAAAGACAAAGAAAAGGAAUUUGAAAAAAAAGACAAAUCCAAAGAUAAGGAGAUCUCAACAGUAGCAAACUCAAAACACAUGCAAGAGGAAAGGAGAUGCAGUAUUACAGAAAGUAAUAAAACAGUGCAUGACAAACUGCCAUCUCUGAAAGAAAAACCAAAAGACGAUUUGUUGAAAACUCCAGAUGGUAGAGAGAAAGACAAAAAAGAUAAAGAUAUAGACCGAUAUAAAGAGAGAGACAAGCAUAAAGAUAAACUGCAUCAAAGUAGUUUACUAAAACUAAAACUUGAACAUGAGAAACCUAAGCCUAAACCAGCUCCUGCUCCAAAAGAUGCUAGACCUAAAGAAAAAAGAUUAGUCAAUGAUGAUUUAAUGCAAACUAGCUUUGAAAGAAUGCUUAGCCUUAAGGAUCUGGAAAUAGAGCAGUGGCAUAGAAAACAUAAAGAAAAAAUAAAGCAGAAAGAGAAGGAACGUUUAAGAAACCGUACUUGUUCAGAACUUAACAAGAUGAAAGAAAAACAGAAACACUCAUUAGCUGAAGUAAAAAGCAAAGAACUGAUUCGUUCAAAAAGCUCAGAGCUGCCAGAUGUUUGUGUAAAGGAAAAACAGCUGAAAGACGCCACAAGUAAUAGAUCGCAAUCAGUAGACACCAGAACCGUAAAUGUUAUAAAGCCUUCAUUGGUUUCAGAUAAUUCAAAUAGAUCCCCCAAAUUAGAAAGUGAAAAGACAAGUCUGAGCUCCAGAUCAGUGUCCAUGGUUUCAGUUGCAAGCUCUGAGGAUUCUUGUCAUACCACAGUAACUACUCCAAGGCCUGCACUCGAAUAUGAUUCAGAUUUUAUGCUAGAAGGUUCUGAUUCCCAAAUGUCUUUUUCACAGUCACCAUUUUUGGCAAGUGCCAAAUCACCAGCCCUUCUUGAAAAAGAGACCGAUGGUCUUGCCGAGUUGCCAGAUCGCAUUAAGCCACCUUUUGCAAACAGGCUUCCACCAAUGUACAUUAGAUCAGCAUCUGUUGAAGAUGUUAAACUGGUUUUAAAUGAGUGUAGACCUGUUGUAGAGGUUCGAAGAUGCAGCAUGCCUGCUGCUGUUUCUGAACACAGCAAACAGCCUCGAGCAUCAGAAGAAAAUAAUCAGAAUGCUCCUCCAUCAGCUCAGACUUAUGCUAGCACUUCUCCUAAACCAGAACUGCUAUGUAACAUGCUUGAAAGAGAUUGUCAAAGUAGUAUGUCUAGUUUGCAGUCGAACUUUACAUCAUCUCCAACUGCAGCUGUUAGCAGCAAGCAGGCAACAACGGGUACAAGUACCAUUAAAAAUAUUGCUCAGCUGGGCCCUCCAGAAGACUGUAAUAUGCGUUUAGAGCCAUGUAGUCAAAGUGGUGUGACUCAGCAAACCAAACUGUGGGAUGUGCCUUUUGACGGACUUAAUCCAUUAAACAAUGAGUUUAACAGCUCAGGUUAUGGUGUAUCAGAACAAGAUACUAACAGUGUUACAGCAGUGCAUAAUUCUGAAAACAGGACGUUAAAAGAGCAACAAGUAUCUGAAUUUUUGCCUCAGCAUCCUGAAAUUAAGGGAGGUUCCAGUUCUCAAGAAUCUGCAUCAUUUUUGCCUUCACAGUUGCUUUAUUCUUUACCUAUCCAGCCACUCCCAGAUGUAUCUAAACACAUUUCUCUACCAGGCAUUAGCAGUCAAGAUUCAUCAUUUGUACAGCAACAAAAUCCAGUUCAAACUACAACUUCUACUUUGGAGACAGAUGCUACUAGUACCAGAGAGCUGGAAAAUGCUUUCUUCCCUUCAAACAUUAAGGCGGCUGAUGCACCCAUUGCUGUACUUUCUGAGAGCUCUGUGAAGGAUACUUUACAGAGCAAUGAAAGGGUGAAUGAAUUACCUACAGUACCGUUAGAAAAAGAUAUGCCUGAAAGUGAUAGCAAUUCACAGUUAAAUGUAAAUUCAUACACAUUCAGUAAAGUUGUUUGUAAGAAUGCUCAGAGUGAAGAGGAUAGUAACACAGCAGAUGCUUCAGACAUUAGAAAUGAAAAAGGCCAACAAGAAAAGUUGGUUUCAGUGCAUGUUGUUGAUAAUAAAGCUGAUGUUGAUCUCUGUGAACUAAGUUCAGGAAUGUCAAAGGGAAUUAUGAACGAAUCGGCUAAUAAAAAACCCUGCACUGCAGACAGAGAAAAUGUGUUGACAGAUGAUUCACCACAGUACUCCUCUUUAUCUAAUUUGGAAAAUAGUUUACAACAGAUUACACAGGAAGAGGUGCAUAAAUACAGCCAAAUAGUUAAACUAGAAGAAGAAAUUGCGGAGGAUCAGAAGGUGGAACAACAAGAAGUACCUCAAAGAAUCACGAGGAACAGAGCAAAUAUGCUUGCUAACCAGGGUAAGCAGAAUCCUCUUGGCUGCAUGCAGACAUCAGAAAAAGAGUCUGAAUCGUCAGCAUCUAUGAAAGCAAGGAUUAGAUUAACUGAAGAGGAUGAUGCUCAGGUACAUCAUCCACGUAAACGAAAGGUGUCACGUGUGCCUCAGCCUGUGCAAGUGAACCCUUCUUUACUGCAGGCUAAGGAGAAAACCCAGCAGUCACUGGCAGCUAUUGUUGAUUCUUUGAAACUUGAAGAGAUUCAGCCAUACAGUUCUGAGAGAGCAAACCCUUAUUUUGAGUACUUGCACAUAAGAAAAAAAAUAGAAGAGAAGCGUAAAUUACUGUGCAGUGUUAUUCCCCAGGCACCUCAAUAUUAUGAUGAAUACGUGACCUUCAAUGGCUCAUACCUGCUGGAUGGCAAUCCCUUGAGCAAGAUAUGCAUCCCAACUAUUACACCACCUCCCUCACUGUCAGACCCACUUAAGGAACUAUUUAAACAACAGGAGGUUGUAAGGAUGAAACUACGUUUACAGCACAGUAUUGAAAGGGAAAAGCUUAUUGUUUCUAAUGAACAAGAAGUUCUACGUGUUCAUUAUCGAGCGGCAAGAACGCUAGCUAAUCAAGCACUACCAUUCAGUGCCUGCACGGUUCUGCUGGAUGCUGAGGUUUAUAAUGUGCCUCUGGAUGCUCAGGCUGAUGACAGCAAAACAUCAGUGAGGGAUCGAUUUAAUGCAAGACAGUUUAUGUCGUGGUUACAGGAUGUUGAUGAUAAGUUUGACAAAUUAAAGACGUGCCUUUUGAUGAGGCAGCAGCAUGAAGCAGCAGCUUUAAAUGCGGUACAAAGACUGGAGUGGCAGCUUAAACUACAAGAAAUUGAUCCUGCUACGUACAAAUCUCUCAGCAUUUAUGAAAUUCAGGAGUUUUAUGUUCCUCUUGUGGAUGUUAAUGAUGACUUUGAAUUGACGCCAAUAUGACAACUAGCAUCUUCUGUCUCACCCCUUUCCCUUGGACAGCUAGAGAUUGAGGUGCAGUGAUACAUAAAGGUAUUUCUCUUUUAAGACAGAGCACUUAAUUCUGUGGAAUGCUACCUUUCUCAAUAAUUGAGGUGUUCCUUCAGAGAAGCAUGGCACAGGCUCUUGUUCAAACACAGAAGAUGGAUGCUAAUUUUAAAGUCAGUUUCCUAGUAACUGCCAUUACCUGUAUUUUAAAAUUGCCUGUAGCUUUAGAGCUUACUGCUCAAAAAGAUGACGAAACAUGGUGAGUUAACAGUGCUGGAAGCUGUUAACAACUAAAACAGCCACCAAAAAACAAAUGACACUUAAAAUCUGCUAUAAAGCUUCGUAUUAUGAAACUUCAGUAACAGUUGAACUCCCACAGAAAAGUGAUGAAAAAGCCUGUGGAAGAAAAUGUAAGACUUGGAGGAAAAUAGUCUAUUAAUCUUACUACAUUUUGUAAAUUACUGUACAGUUUUCUUCUUGGAAAAAGAUGUAAUAUUGUCUUCAUUUUUGAAUAAUUUAUUUUAUACAUAUUGUGCAAAUGUAAAUAGUCUUGUAAUUAAUGUUCAAACUUGUAUAAAAAUAGAUAUUUUAACUGUAAAACUGGUUUUUGUCUAAUGUUUUAUUGGACCAAAGUUGUAGUUUUUAUUAAGUGUAGCGUGUUCCUGGUUGGCAGUUCUUUUUUUGUAUGGCAUGUGUUUGAUUUAGCUGCUUGUUUCAUCACCAUAACUGUAAAAGAAUUGAAACUGAACUGUAUUGCAUGCUUCACAGAACUCUUAACUCCUUUACUCCAAUAACUGAUACCUAAACUGUAAUAUGUACAAAAUCAUAUUUCAUAUUAGUCAGCUAUUGUAAUGCCAUACCUAUGACUUACUAUACCGAAACUAUUUUUGUGUAAAACAAAAAAAAACCCUCUUGCUCUUAUAUGGUGGUCUCGUAAUAGAGCCUAUUUUUUCCAACAAAAUGCCUUUGAAUUAAAAUUCUUAAAUUGUAUAUUGUCUAUUUUAAUAUUAAUCUAUAGAAGGAUAUGUAAAUAGUUGUAAAUAUAAUGUUUAAUAAAUUUUAUUGGUCAUGUUA